AUGAUGGCGUCCGGCUUGGAGAGUCCACCACUAUCUGGGGUCUUGGCUCAUGAUGGCGAGCUGAUGAACUUCUUCGCAUCUGACCUUUCCACGGACUGGAUGGCUUGGAGCUCCGACGGCUCAAAUUCUGUCAACUCGGUAUCGGAGCAAAGUAGCUCAGGUGAAUCUCUCGAGUCCUCGUCUGACAAUUCGGAACCUCCACCAAAAGAACCAGAGCCGCCAAUUGAGGACCAGCAGUGUGACCCGCCCCCACCGCUGGAAAGCUCAUUCAAUGCGGCCUUGACAUGUGAGGUUGCUAGCCUUACUUCGUGUCUAUUCGAGCUGGUCCCGUCAAAUCCUGUGCAAAAAGCCGAGACUUCACCAGGAGGAGCGAAAGGUAGAUCAACGGCAACCUUGCGAAAUAUUCUGCAACAUACGCAGACGUUGAGUAAUCUCGUCACCAAACACGAUCGCACUGGAUCCGGAACAGCCCCGUUAGCUCUCGACGGACCGACGAAGUUGCUAUUACUCUCGUGUUACGCCAAGAUCUUCCAGGCAUUUCGCCAGAUCUUUGCUGCCGUCUAUUCUGGUCUGCAAAGCGGAGAAAACAUCGCAGAGCUUCUCUACGACCUGCGAGUGGAAGAUGUGAUUCUUGAUGGGGAUGACGACCUCAAGAUCUUGGUGCUGAUGCAGGUUGUCACGCACAAGCUCAACACACUUGGCGUGCAGCUUGGCGUCCCAGAAAAGCACUACAUUAGUGUCGGUUCCGGGGGUUUGGACGCCCCAAAGCAAACCCAGUCCCGUGGUCGUCAGCCAAGCUCAGAAGAGACCGAGCCGACGUUAGAUGCGAUUUUGUCCGGCAGCGAAACGGACAGUGAUAUUACACCCAAUGUGCUAGAGUCACGUGGCUCUUUUACAGAAGACACCAAGUUCAUCGGAAAUGAAGACAUCGAGCCAGCGUCGGGCGAUGAUACGUUGGGAGCUGCGGAUAAGGAGCUCCAAGACCCCCUAGAGGAUAUCAACGAUGGACCAAAGCACGUCACAGGCUACAAGCUGCUAUUCGCAAUGGCAGCUCUCAACCUGAGCGCCAUACUAAUUAAUUUAGACAAUGCGAUCCUCUCAACGGCAACCCCUACUGUUACCAAUGAGUUUCACUCUGUCAAAGAUAUCGGCUGGUACGUGAGUUCGUAUCAAUUAGCUGUAUCGGCUUUACAGCCUUUGACCGGCAAGUUCUUCACUUACUUCAGUAACAAGUGGACGUACAUCGUGUUCCUAGUCAUAUUCGAGGUUGGUUCACUGAUCUGCGCCCUCUCACAAUCAUCAGUUCAGUUCAUUGCGGGCCGAACAGUGGCUGGCAUUGGUGCUUCUGGUCUUUUCAAUGGCUCAAUGAUCAUCAUCUACGGCAUGGUGUCCGCUCAACAGCGGCCCGCUAUGAUGGGCAUCAUGCUUGCGAUCUCGCAAAUCGGACUGAUUGCAGGCCCGCUCAUUGGUGGCUCGCUAACACAGUACACCAAUUGGCGCUGGUGCUUCUGGAUUAAUCUCCCCAUCGGAGGUUUUGCUUGCAUUCUGCUUGCACUGGUCUACAUUCCUGAACAGAUGGCUAAACCAAAGUUCACAGCGGUGCUCACUGACCGCAACAUCCUGAAGAAGUUCGAUGUUGUAGGCUCAGGGAUCCUGAUUGGAGCCAUCGUCCAGCUCCUGCUAGCGCUCCACUACGGUGGUGCUGAAUACCCCUGGAGCAGCGCCAUCGUGAUUGGACUCUUCUGCGGGUUUGCCGGAGCGACCAUUCUGUUCAUGGGCUGGGAAUACCGAGCUGGCGCGAAUGCUCUCAUGCCACUUGAGAUGUUCAAGAACAAGGUCGUGGCAUGCGGAGCCGCAAUGAAUACUUGUUUGUUUGGAAUAACGUAUAUCGCGACUUACUUCAUCCCUAUUUACUUCCAGAGUAUUCUUGGCGACAGCCCUAUGGAGAGUGGCAUCCACAUGUUGCCAAGUAUCAUCGGGUCCAUUGUCAUGACUCUUCUCUCAGGCAUGAUGGUUUCCAAACUGGGCUACUACCUACCGUGGGCAGUAUUUGCGGCCAUUCUGACCUCAAUUGGUGCAGGUCUGAUAACUACCUGGUCUACCGAUACAAGUGCGGGGAAAUGGAUUGGUUAUCAGAUUCUAUACGGAUGUGGCAGAGGUCUAGGACUGCAGAUGGCUAUCGUCGCUGUUCAAACGGCGCUUCCGCCAACACUGGUGGCCAUCGCCCUCACCAUCCUUGUUUUCGUACAAGGACUCGGCGGUGCGGUGCUCAUCAGUAUUGGCAACACGGUUUUCGAUAACACCGUCAUCAACCAGAUUCAGAUACAUGCGCCUAAUGUGAAUCCAAAAGCCGUUCUCACAGCGGGCGCGACCGCUUUCAGGAGCCAGGUGUCUGCUGCUGACCUGCCCAACGUGGUAAAGGCAUGGGCCGUCGCUUUCCAGAGAACGAUGUAUAUCACCACGGGCCUCUCUGUAGCCAUGUUCUUUUCUACUUGGGGUUUGGGUUUUUAUGACGUCAGGAAGAAGGAAGCCGGAGCGGCGAAAGCAUCUAAAUGA